UCAGCCCUCUGAGACACAGUCAUCAUGAAGGGAGCAGUGACCCUCCCGGCUCUCUUGCUUCUACAUGUCUGCUCUGCGGUUCCUAUCAGCCGCCCUACCAACUGGCUCAGGCAAUGUCGUGCCUCCAUCAACCUCUCCAUCCCAGGACUGGAGGUGCUACCGGGCGGAGGCUGGGACAACCUGCGCAACGUGGACACGGGUCGAGUCAUGAACCUGAGCUACCGCCAGUGCCAGACCACCGAGGACGGCCUCUACCUCAUCCCAGAUGAGGUGUUCGUCAUCCCCAAAAAGCAGACGGGUGUGGAGAUGAACUCGGAGAUAAUCAGCUCCUGGCUGGAGCAGAAAAGCUCUACGUCUAACUCCAUAAAUGCGGAUGUAUCCUUCCUCCCGGUGCUGAAUGGCAAAUUUUCAAUAGAGAACCAGAGGAUGAAAACCCAUCAAGUCAAAGACUCUUCAACUACUGCCAGAGUGCAAGUUCGUAACUUCAUCUACACAGUCAAGGCUUAUCCAGACUUCACUCUUGACACACGCUUUGCCCAACAAGUCAAAGACAUAGCCGAUGCCAUUGAAAACAACCAAACAAGGAACGUAGACUAUCUCGCAGAGAAGAUGGUGCUGGACUACGGAACCCAUGUCAUCACCAGUGUCGACGCUGGGGCCACUUUGGUGGAGGAAGACUACCUACGUUCUUCUUAUGUGUCGGACGACGUGUCGGAGAGUUCCUCCAUUAAGUCACAAGCAGGCUUCAACUUUUUUGACAAACUCAAGUUUGACAUAAGCAGUGAAAAUGCCCAAAAGAGCUCCUCCCUCCAAACAUAUCAGUCCAACAUCCAGUACUCCAUUAUCCAAAGCCAGGGAGGAACGCCUUUCUAUCCUGGAAUCACCCUGCAGAAGUGGCAGGAAAGUACCAAGAACAACCUGGUGGCAAUCGAUAGAUCAGGAUUCCCCCUGCAGUACUUUUUAAACAUCAACACCCUUCCUGAGCUGCCGCGGCCUACGGUUGGCAAAGUGGCUGUGGCAGUGAGUCGGGCCGUAGAGCGCUACUACAAGGUCAACGCGCGGCCCGGGUGCGUCGACGUCAACUCCAAGAACUUUAACUUCCAAGCCAACGUCGAUGACGCAUCCUGCGAGGGCCCCGCUACAAACCUCAGUUUUGCUGGCGUGUACCAAGAGUGUAUCCACAUCAGCUCAGAUGCAGGUCCACUGUGUGAUGUCCUGGCCCAGAAGAACCCCGAAACAGGGGCCUUUUCCUGUAGUUUGCCUUACACUGCCAAUUUACUGAGAUCGGAGGUGAGACAGCAGGGUUACACGACCUACGACUGCUACAACCACCGCUAUUCCUGUGGCUUUUUGGGGCUUUUCGAUUGCAAUCGGCGAGUGUGUCAGGACAACUACCACGUCCGCUCUGCUCGCAUCAACACCUUCUGGUGCUCUGUAAGCGGAAAGGCCCCAGACAACUCGGGGUACAUGUUCGGAGGCAUCUACGGCCCAUCUCUCCUGAACCCCGUCACCAAGGCAAAAAGCUGUCCCCUGGGCUUCUUUCCAGAAAAGCUGCUCUCGGAUGGCCAAAUGAUCUGUGUGAGUAAGGACUACGAAAUUGGCAGUAGAUACUCGGUGUCAUUUGGAGGCCUCUUCAGUUGUCAGUCAAACAACCCGCUGGCAAAAAAUCAACGUCGCUGCCCUCCUGAGUUCAGUCAGCACCUCGCCGCAGUGAGCGACGGCUGCGAGAUUCUUUACUGUGUCAAGUCGGGACUGUUCACAGGGGGGCAGCUGCUUCCGAUCCGUCUGCCACCGUUUACCAAACCGCCACUUGUCACCAUGCAAGCCUUAAAUACGGUUAUGGUCAUGACCGAGGGAGAUAUGAGCUGGAUCAGAGUGGGGGAGACCAAGGCGUGGAAAUUGGCCAAACCAGAGGAAAUCAAGCAAAUGGUUUGGAAGAUUAACCCAGGUCUGAGUGAGAUGUCUAGCGGUGAAAAGGCCGGGGUAGCUUUUGGGGUGAUGGGCAUAAUGGCGCUGGUGGUGAUCGUGGCAGUAGUUCUGGUGAAGAGAAGGAGGAGGGUGUCUGCUUUUGGCACGGCUAGGGGCUAUGAGGCGUUACAGGAUGCGGCCGACUGCGUUGAAGGGGAGCAACAGCAAAAUGAGGCUUGAGAAAAACAUUGAGGACGGCUGCUUGUGCUCCUCAGUUGCUUUUUGUAACCCAGCACGAUGUUAACAUGCACCAGCACAUACGUUUACUUUUAGUAUUUCACCAAUAAAUACACGUCUGAUUAAAUACUUCUAAAAAGAGUGCCUCGGACCUUCCCUUAUUUUGGAAAGUCCACAAAUACUUUCAAUAAUCAACCACAAGAGAUAGAGGAACCGGUUCAGAUUUGAACUUCCUUGUUCAUUCUCACCGGAGACACCCGGUCAUGAAUCUCAAAGGGAGCGGAACAAAUCUAUCAUACAUGGGCCCCUUUAAAUGAGUUGUACUUUGAAUUAAUUAGCCACAUACUUUUGCAAUGCUCAUGAAACCAACCUAGUUAAAAUUAAAUAUAGUUACAGCCCAUUUAUUGGGAGACAUUCUUUUCCUGUUAUCACAAUGUGUACUUUGCUCAAACAAAUGUGACUGAAGACAUGUGCCUUUGAAAGGCCCAAAUAGCUGCACGCAUAAGUGCUUUCAAAGGCCAGCGAAUCAACACUGCUCUCCUGAGGCCAGGAUGCAUAAUACCAUGUAGUGUAAAAACAGUGUGUAUCUGAAAACCUGUAUGCUUUGUUUAACUUGAGGACUUUCCUGUGUUUUUUAUAAUUAUAUUUUAGCUGAUUAACAUUGUGUGAAGCCUUUUUUUCUUCAACAUAUUGAUAAAAGAUGCAUUAGAUGAAUAAUUUUCUACAUUUUGCAUUUGAUCCCACGCUGUUAAAAUAAAAAAAAGAUUCCUACGUUUAUGUAAAUUGAACUCAUCCCACUGCGCUUAACUACCAAUUAAAGUGGUCUACGACAACUGAA